CGGGGCUCGCGAGCAAUCCGCUGUUUUCCUUGCGAGCUUCGGCCCCGAAUUUCAUGCUUCGAAGCCACCGAAUCAAUUCCGCUGAACGAUGAUUCGUAGUUUCGCCUCUUAAAACCGGUUUCUCGCCUGUUGACCAUUUUUUACGAGUAAUUACACUGAAUCUCGUCAGAUGGAAAGAAAACCAUCGCAGCGCUUUCAGAAUCCAUUGAAAAUCGACGAAUAACGAGAACGAUCAGUCAGCAUUCGACACACAAGCGAGACGAAUCUUUGAAAACAAACAUUCCAAGCCGCAAUAUCCUUUCGUCGAGGUAAUCCGGCGAGCGACCAAAGCACGAAAAAGUCCGGAGAGCCGGGCUCGAACGAAGAGAAAUGCUCGUGCGUAGAGUACUUGGAAAGCGCAUACGCACUGUCCCUGCGAUGAAUAUUCCCAUCGAUCAGUCUAGACGCGUGGUGGCAUUCGGGUGCACACACUCCACAAAGAUCGUGGCGAGAGUCUCACGUGGAAAGUGCGUGGUGUGUCGCGACGAAGAGCGACAGAGCGAGAAAGUCCACGGAGCCGCGGAGAUAAUGGAAUAGACAAAUGGGAGUUCGAGUGAAAGGAUCAUUUGAAAUUCCAACCUUUUUCGACUCGAAACAACGAACAUCAAGUUCGAAAGUUCGGAUGUGAAUCUUUCAUUUAAUAUGAUUCAUUCACUCACGAACUUUGAGGAUUUCCUCAUCGAGGAUGCAUUCCAAAUUUUCUGACAUUUGGACCAAGGGGUUCGGGAAUCCUCGCGAUGUUCAGAGGCUUCAAAUCUUCUUUGGAUCCCUAUGAAUUCUACCGAUUUGUGAUUCGUGUGACGCCCCCCUUUAUUUUGAUGAGAAUUUGGUAAAAAUCUGACUCCAUUUUGGGCGAGGUUCCCCGAUCAGGAAGAGUCUUUCGGACCAUUUUUUUUCUCAGUGAAUCCCCAUGACGAAAGCGUGAAACCUUGCACCAGCAAUUCGCGAAUUCAAAGUCUUGAGUAUAGUGAAAAAAAAAAAACGUAACGAAAAACCCGAUGAAAUAAUCGAAGUUUGAUGGGGAAGAACGACGGCGAGCCGCCAAUGGAAGAAUCCUGUGAAUAAGAAAGAGGCGGGAGGAGUUUCGGGAGAAAGGGUGGGGGCGGUUGUGUGAAAUGCAACAAGAAAUGAAGUUGAGGUGGUGGUUAUGGUGGUGGUGCGGUUACCAGUGGAGCGAAACGGGACCAGAAACGAGAGAGCCACAGUCACGUAUCGCAGCUCUCGACGAAUCUCACCGGACGACAUCGCCGCUAAUUCAAUUUUAAAUAAUAAUCAAAGAAAUCGGGAAAACGAGGGUUCAUUUUCCAGUGAGAUGGCAAGAACGAAAGCCUGUCAAAGGUUCGCCCCGAGAUCGACGACGGCGAGUCGCUCCCUCACGACAUUCAUCCUCGUCGCGACCCUGGGCGUUUCCAUCGUCAGUGGACAAUUCCGAUGCCCCGAAGAAAAGGGAUUCUUCCCCGAUCCGGAACAGUGCGAUCUCUAUUACUCCUGCGUCGAUGGAGUUGCCGAGGAAAAACUCUGCAAGGAUGGACUCGUCUUCAGAGAUGACAAUCCCAAGAAGGAUUUCUGCGACCUUCCGGCCAACGUUCCCUGCGGCGAUCGCACUGCCCUUCAGGAGCCUCAACCCACGAAGGGCUGUCCACGAGCGAACGGUUACUUCAAGCACGAAGAUCCCUCGGCCUGCGACCGUUUCGUAAACUGCAUCGACGGCGUGCCGACCGUGAUGUCUUGUCCCCCAGGACUCGUCUACGAGGACAAAGUCUCGAGCUGCGUCUGGUCGGUCGACGCGACGGUAAACUGCAACGUGAAACGCGAUUCUCUCGAGGAUGGUUUCACGUGCCCCGACGAGAAUGUCAUCGGACCUGGAGGCAGGAUCCUGCCCCAUCCGACUUACCCCCACCCCGAGGACUGCGCGAAAUUCUACAUCUGUCGAAACGGCGUCCAACCUCAGAAGGGACAGUGCGAGGACGGCACUGUCUACAACGAGGAAACGUUCAGGUGUGCCGAGCCCGAGAGUGUCCCAGGAUGUGAGGAUUACUACAAGGGAAAGAACUGAUUUCGUGCCACACAUUUAUUGCAAAUAAAUACAAAAUACUUGAAUAAUAAACUUUCGCCAAAAAGUUUAUUGCCACGUUCGACUUUAUUUUCCUAUUCGUAAGACAAUAAACGUAUUUUUUAUUCUUA